AUGCUCGCCGCAACCAUCAUCACCGCCUUCAUCGGCAGCUCCAUCGUCGCAGCUGCCCCUGCCGACAUCUCAGCUCGCCAGGUUGCUGCCCAGAGCGUCAUCUGCAGCGGUACAUACAGCAAUGCUCAAUGCUGCGCCACCGACGUUCUCGGUCUUGCUGACUUGAACUGCGCAAACCCACCGAGCACUCCCACCAACGAGACUGACUUUGUCAACAUCUGCGCUACAGAGGGUCAACAGGCUCGUUGCUGCGCGCUGCCAAUUGUGAGUUGCAACAUGCUGCGCUUUGACGAAUUGUGA